AUGUCUCCCGCCUUACCCACACAACGCACUCGAGUCGCCAUCGUCGGUAGCGGCGCAUCUGGAAUGUCUGCCGCUUAUGCUCUCAGCAGACAUCCAGAUAAAUUCCAAGUCACUGUCUUCGACAAGGAGCCACAGCCUGGCGGCAUGGCCACGUCCGUUGACAUCGAUCCCGAGAAAUACGGCGCCUCGUAUAUCAACGACGGCGUCCAAGGCUGCUCUCCGGCGUUUGCAAACACGAUACGCAUGUUUCGCGAGCUCGGUUUUGCCCCAACCUCCGUCGGCAUGCAGAUAAGUUUCGGCAAAGGAGAAGACUUCUGGUCCAAUGUCUUUACCUCUGAACUGACAGCCCAGUUUUCAUCCGACAUCAAGAAAUUCGGCCGCGUACUCAAGAUCAUUAAGAAGCUUGAAGUGCCGUUUGCGGUCAUGCCCGUCAACAAGAUGCUUAGGCUCUUCAGGUUCUCAAAGGACUUUGGAGAGAAAAUGGUAUAUCCACUCGUGGCACUCUUCUUCGGGACAGGGAAUCAGACGCCAUAUAUUUCGUGUGCUAUACUUGAGCGCGUUUUUAUGGAUCCUAGCAUGCGAUUGUUCGAAUUUGACGAGAAUAGUUUACUCGCCAGCAUCCCGACGAUGUAUGCUUUCCCAAAGCUCGGAAAUACAUAUAAGGCUUGGGAAAGGCGCACUACCUCUACCGGCAACGUUACAUUCAAGCUAGGACACGAAGUCACCCGCAUUGUCAGACGCGACAAACGUGAAGUCGUCCUUGAAUAUAGACCUCCACCCGUACCCUCUACCUCCUUUUCAGUCUCCGACCACAAUCGCCCCAAAGUCGAAGAACCGCAGCCGCAACUAGAGACAUUCGAUGAAUUGAUCUUGGCAUGCGAUGCGGAUACGAGUUUGAAGUUGCUGAAUACGAAGGGGGCCGCUGGGCCGAGUUGGAUGGAGAAGAAGGUGCUGGGGAAUGUCAAAUACUUGUGGGAUGUGACGAUUACGCAUAACGACGCGGAUUACAUGCGCAAAGUACGUCUAGCCAUCCCCUCAGAACUUCAAAGGGCGUUCGUUGAUCUAUCCCUGCAUUUGCUGCAGUACUACGAAACGGGCUUCAACAAAGACCUCGCGGUAGACUCGAACAACCCGGAGAAUCAACAGUCCAUCCGUUUCGCCGAGAAGAACUUCCGGCCCCUAUAUUACACCAUGCAAUAUCCGACAGACAAGUCCAAGAUCGAAAUGUCCUUCGAUCUCACGCAUUAUCAGCCACAGUUUCGUGGGGAGAAACCCUCGGGCCCUAUCGAAGAGGUGCUCCGCGAACGGGCGGAGUCGGACGGCAACCCUGGGACGAGCUGCAUUUCCGAUAGUCACGCGUCCAGCGGGAAGGCCAGCUCACGAGAUGCGCUCGUUCAAGAAGCCCAGCGUUCGGAACUGGGUGCGGAAGGCGCAGAAGCGAGAAGGGGGAGCGACCCGGAGGGAAAUAAUGAACCUAAGUUCGAGGAUCAUGUGUUCCAGACAAUCUUCUUGGACAGGGAUGGGAGCAGCCAGCUGUGGACGGAGGGGGAGAUUAGGCAGGAGAAGAGAAUCUACGAGAAGUGGUGGAAGCAACAGAGCCAUCGAUGGCAGCACUAUGCGGGCGUGGUACCGUGGAUGAUGUGGAUCAAUGGGAAGAGGAGGACGCAUUACGCCGGUGCCUGGUCCAUCCUCAAUAUGCACGAGCUCGCAGUAACGUCGGGGUUCGCGGCGGCAUAUCGUCUCGGUGCAGACUACCCGUUCAAGGGCGAUGAAGACUGCCAGCGGUUGUUUAGGUUGUAUCUAGCAGCAAGUCAUGGUUUCGAUCCGGGUAGCAAGGUGACAUUCGUGACCGUGAAGGACUACAUUGGAGGGUAA